UUGAUUGUAUACACCUGUGUCCAUGGGGGGGAUUGGAGCACCUGAAUCACAUGAUAUGGAGGGGAUUGGAACACCUAAGUCACAUGAUAUGGAGGGGAUUGGAACACCUGAAUCACAUAAUAUGGAGGGGAUUGGAACACCUGAAUCACAUGAUAUGGAGGGGAUUGGAACACCUGAAUCACAUGAUUAGGAGGGGAUUGGAACACCUGAAUCACAUGAUUGGGAGGGGAUUGGAACACCUGAAUCACAUGAUAUGGAGGGGAUUGGAACACCUGAAUCACAUGAUUGGGAGGGGAUUAGAACACCUGCAUCAAAUGAUUGGGAGGGGAUUGGAACACCUGAAUCACAUGAUUGAGGGGGCGGGACAUACUUAUGCAAAUAUAGUGUACAUUGCA